UUUUUAGGUUCCACUGUAGUGAUCCUCCGUUCCGCAGCGAUGGCAGAGUUUGCUCAGGGACUCGACUGCCUCUUGCCAUCCUUUCUUUCCAUGGAUGCCGACCCGAGCUUGGAGCUGAUGAGCCAGCUCGCGGAGCUAAAUGGCUCCGCAAUGGAGAACCCAAGCAUGGGAGUGAUGGGUUACUCCAGCGAUCACCAUUUCUCGUUGCUGCCAUUUACUGAUGACUUGUUCAGCUUCUUGUCAAUUCCAGAGCCGGAGCAUUGUUCUGGAGACAGGAAAAGGAAGACGAUGGCGGCACCUCAUACAAGUUCCGGGAGCCAUUCCGAGCUCUUCUCAGAGGAUGGAACGGCAGAAGCUAAAACUAAGAAGAAGAAGAAGAAGAAUUUUCAGGGAGGCAAGAGCAAUUCAAAGCAGGUGGAGAAGCCAGAGGAGGUGGUUCAUGUGAGGGCAAGAAGAGGCGAGGCCACUGACAGCCACAGCCUAGCUGAGAGGGAGAGAAGGAAGAAGAUCAAUGAAAGAAUGAGACGAUUACAGAACCAAAUUCCUGGAUGUCACAAGACAAUGGGCAUGGCUCGGAUGCUGGAUCAAACUAUUAGCUACGUGCGAUCACUGCAGAACCAAGUUGAGUUUCUUUCCAUGGAACUUUCGGCCGCCAGUUACUUGUCUGACUUCGGAUUGGGCGUGGAUGCCAUUGCAACAGCACAGGCAGAGAAAGCACACGAGGGAGGGGAGGCAGGGAGACUGCUGAGGAAGAGACAUGGAGACUGCACCGGCUUCCACAUGCCUUUCUGACCCAGCUUAUGGCGAUGACCACAUACACUGCUUCGAAUCCAGUGGAAGAAGUCUGCUCCCCGGAAUCCAUGCAUGGCAAUGAGCCAUAUGUGGUUUCCUUCCCACAUGUGUUGUUCUCGUCACUUUGUCAUGUACUCUUUCUUCUUUCUUUUUAUAUUUUUUUUAUUGCUUUCCAUCUUGUCAUGUAUUCAAUG